AUGGAUCAAGAGCAGUUCUCGGGCUGGGGAGCUCCACGAGAUGACAUAGACGGGCUCAUUGCAGGCCUCGAAGCCUCGGUGUCAGAUGCAGAACUUGAGACGAGUAGAUGGAGGAGAGAGGACAUUGUCGCCUCUUCUUCUCGGUCUACGCAGUAUCCUGUCGAACCUUCAAGCUCUGGUAUUGUUAGGUCGCCUCUUCAACAGCCUACAAGCGGCACCCCGACGUCCAGACCUUUGCCUCAGCGGCGGGCGGCGUCUGCGAGCCAAGUGGGACCAAUGCUGUAUGGUGAACAAGGCUUCUCGUCGACCACUUUUGAGCCCCCUCUUCGUUCAAUCUUCGUGUCAGGUCCGCCGACUGCCUCUGUCUCCGCGAACACGGCCUUGGCUUCCUUGAGUGGUGCAAUGUCUUCCAGCACUUCGGGCCCAUUCGCAGCAUUGACUAAUGCUGGAGGAAGCCGACGCCCCAACCCUCGGGGAGGGGGCAUCACACCAUCCCCCUCUCCAGGUCCUGGCCCUGUUAGCAAUAGACAUCCUUUACUAACUUUGGAAAAGGAUGUCGACGAUCCUACUGCAAGCGCAAAUGCAUUCUCUGGUGAUGGCAGCACCGCAAACACUUCUGCUGCCCUCGCCCGCUUGUUCGCUCCCAGCGAUGGCACAACCCCAGCAAUUUCUCGAGGCCCCUCACAUUUACGUCCCCGGUCCGACACAGGCCGGAGUCUGCAUGAUACGAGUACAUUGAUAGGGCAUCUUCUGCACAACGGCUUUGAAGAAGGCCGUCACUCGGACAUUACUGUGUAUGCCUUUGGUCAAGGGUACAAGCUCCACAAGCUGCUCCUCGAUCGCGUGCCAUUCUUCUCUUCCGCGUUCUCCGGAUCCUGGUUGGAGAGCACAGCAAAGGUGAUGACCAUCGCGCCCGAAGAGAGCGAUCCCAACAUCACCAAAGUGGCUUUCGAGCUCGCUUUGAAGAGGAUCUAUGGUACUCAGUGCUCGAUCCAGGAGGAGGAAGAAGAAGCUGUGGGCUUGUUUGCCACAGCGUGUUGGCUAGACAUGCCUGACCUGAUAGAUUCAUGUGUUGAAUCCAUCCUGCGCCAAAUGCAGCCUGCCACACUCCACAGCUUGAUCAAGUUAGUAACUAACAAUUACUACGGCAAACCAGGUGACCGGAUUCUAUCGUCCGCCAAAGCCAUGCUCUGCCGGGAAGGCUGGGAGAUGCCCUAUGAAUACUGGGACGAUAUUCCUGCAGAAAUGGUUCGCGAGAUCAUUGGAGGCGAUCCCUUCUUUAUUCCAGGUGAAUGGGACCGUUGGUAUCUAGCCCUGAAGCUGUUGAAUAGGCGGUUGAGGGCGAAAGCGGUUGAAAAUGGAUUGGUUUCGCCUCAUGGACAAUACCUGCAACCGAAGCCGAGUAGUCUCCAGUUCUUCGCUGUUAGGUUCGACACUCCCUAUAGAGUCGCGUCACAUCAUCGACACGUGUCAGAAAGGGAUGAGCCAUGGAUCGCCUUAUACACAUCGCCUGAGAUAUCCCCGAUCUUGGUUCUGCUUGACGAAGGAAUACACUAUGUUCAUCUUCGAUUUGAGCAAUUGCAGCAAAUCCGGUCCCAGAGGGACAUCCUAGGCGUUCCGGUCCUCCCAGAGAAAGUGAUUUCAGACGCUUUGUGGAUGUCACUAGAACUCCGACAGAAAGUUCUUAAUGCAAAAGAAGACGAUAUCGAGCUUGGACUGAGUGAACUAGCAGAAGACUAUGAAGAGGUUGUACUUCGAGCUGAAACCGCCACGACCUCGAGCAAAGGUAAGUUACGUGAGCUGGGCCACGCAACGACCGUUUCACCCGCAGAGGAUAUGGAGUCAGGGUCUUGGGACGGCAAUGGCAAGCCACGGAAGUUCUGGAUCCCGGACCACGACGUUUCGUGCGUAAUGGGCGGCACACGUGAGGCGUCUACUGCCGCAAACACCACGGGCGGAGCUGAAUGGAGCACACAGGCAGCUAGGCUGUCUGCGAGCCUUGAGCCCACCGAUGUCGCAUGGGCUUUUGACUUUGGCACGGGGAAUGUCAUCGAAAGUGGCCGGCCUCCGUCCCGAAACUCUUCUCCGACGUCCAGACCCCGGUACAGCCAUUACCCGCCCUUCAGAUUCUCCGCCGAGUUUCCCAACCCUCGGACUCUCAAGGAAAGGAAGAGGGUCUAUUCGCACACGGUAUGGUACGCAGGGAGUAUGUGGAACCUGUAUAUCCAGCGUGUCAACACUGGGAAACUUCAGCAACUGGGGAUCUAUCUUCACCGAGCAAAAGAUAAGGAGCCUCACGACGAUCCACUUGCCCAAUUCGUUCCCACCACGGUGGACGACCGUAUAGGCCAACUGGAGCGCGAGAUGCUACUCCGCAAGAGCGAGCGGCGGAAUCAAGCGUGGCGGCUGACUGAAGCAGCAGCAGCAGCACCCCGAGGAUCCGAGGUUCCACGUGGGGAUGGGCUCACCUUGUCGUCAAACGAGUUCGACUAUGCUGGCAGUGUCGUUGAUGAUUCUGUCCCAGUCACAGGCACUGCUUCAUCGUCUUCGGCCCCACAUAGAACUGCGCAAAUACGAAAAACAUCACAGACCGCUUCUGGGACAUAUUCCAAGACGGAUGAGUGCUGGUUCGGUCAGUCUGAAGAUGCAGACGCCGAGAUGCUCGAUUCGGACGAAGAAGAUGAUGAACUACUGCGCAACCGUCCCAGAUACAAUGUCUCGGCUAUUCCUCCAUACAUGGAUUCGCGGCCCACGAUCAAGACGUACUUCAAGAUCUAUUCACCCAGCAGGGCAGGCCGGCUUCUAAGCAUUUAUGAGAGCGCGCCGGACCAGUUCGAUCUGAGCAAGAGCUGGGGCUGGAAGAGCCCCCAGAUGCAGCUUGACGACGGGCUCGGAGACCGCGACAUCUCCAGCGGGAAGGCUACAAGUAGUAGCAAAGAGGGCAGACUGAGGUAUAUGGUCGUUAUCGGGAACAUCUGA